CUUUUCUAUCCGACUUCCCCGGCCGACACAGCAUUAUCCCCAAGCUUCCAGAAGCCCAGAGACCGCUUCAACGCUGAACCUUUGCCGACCCGACUUUUGUACCUGGACAAAAACCUCUCGACAAGAUGGCCACAGACCUACAUCCCGCUGGAGGUUCCAUCGAGCUGAAGGACAACACAGUCAUUGUUGUCCUCGGCGCCUCUGGCGAUCUUGCGAAGAAGAAGACGUUUCCCGCCCUCUUCGGACUCUAUCGAAACCAGUUCCUGCCCAAGGACAUCAAGAUCGUUGGCUAUGCGCGGACAAAGAUGGACCACGACGAGUACCUUCGUCGUGUCAAAUCGUACAUCAAAACGCCCACGAAGGACAUCGAACAACAACUGGAGGAGUUCUGCAAACUCUGUACCUACGUGUCUGGCCAAUACGACCGGGAUGACUCGUUCCUGCAGCUCAACAAACACCUCGAGGAGCUCGAGCAGGGGAGGAAGGAGACCAACAGGCUAUUUUACAUGGCCCUCCCCCCUAGCGUCUUCACUAUCGUCUCGCAGCACCUGAAGAAGUGCUGCUACCCAAGCAAAGGCAUUGCACGCGUCAUCGUCGAGAAGCCGUUCGGCAAGGACCUGGCGAGCUCCCGCGAGCUCCAGAAGUCACUCGAGCCCGAUUGGAAGGAGGACGAGCUCUUCCGCAUCGACCACUACCUCGGUAAGGAAAUGGUGAAGAACAUUCUCAUUCUGCGAUUCGGCAACUCGUUCUUGGGCGCGACCUGGAACAGGCACCACAUCGACAACGUGCAAAUCACGUUCAAGGAGCCUUUCGGCACCGAAGGGCGUGGCGGAUACUUUGACGAGUUCGGCAUCAUUCGCGACGUCAUGCAGAACCACCUGCUCCAGGUACUGACCCUACUCGCCAUGGAGCGGCCCAUCUCUUUCUCCUCCGAGGAUAUUCGUGACGAGAAGGUGCGGGUUCUCCGCGCGAUCCCCGCCAUCGAGCCCAAGAACGUCAUCAUCGGCCAGUAUGGGAAGUCGCUGGACGGCAGCAAGCCAUCGUACAAGGAGGACGACACUGUGCCUAAGGACUCGCGGUGCCCGACCUUUUGCGCGCUUGUUGCCUACAUCAAGAACGAACGGUGGGAUGGUGUCCCCUUCAUUAUGAAGGCGGGCAAGGCGCUCAAUGAGCAAAAGACGGAGAUCCGCGUCCAGUUCAAGGACGUUACUUCCGGGAUUUUUAAGGACAUUCCGCGGAACGAAUUGGUCAUGCGCAUCCAGCCUAACGAGAGCGUCUACAUCAAGAUGAACUCGAAGCUCCCCGGCCUGACAAUGCAGACGGUGGUCACAGAGCUCGAUCUCACAUACCGGAGGCGCUUCUCUGACCUCAAGAUCCCCGAGGCGUACGAAUCGUUGAUUCUGGACUGCAUGAAGGGCGACCACUCCAACUUUGUCAGAGACGAUGAGCUCGACGCCAGCUGGAGGAUCUUUACGCCUCUGCUGCACUACCUCGACGACAACAAAGAGAUUAUCCCUAUGGAGUACCCAUACGGCUCUCGGGGGCCCGCGGUGCUCGACGAUUUCACUUCAUCCUACGGAUACAAGUUCAGUGAUGCCGCUGGAUAUCAGUGGCCGACGACGUCGGCGCUGGGCACGGGCAACAACAAGUUCUGAGCGCACUACGCUACGAGUUCGAUCACACCGAAUCUAAGCACAUGUUGUGCGGGUGAAAACAAGUGUUUCUUUUGUUGGUCAAGGGACGUCACCUUAUGAUUAGGCCCCUGACACGAGGAGGGCCAUGUGCAAUGCGGAAAAGGGGUGGAUGGCAGGCGGGUCUUUUGGACCGCCAAUUGUGGUUGCGGAGCUCCCGGCUUUUAUUUUCGUUGGCAUCACUGGUUGGUAUCCAGCCCACAAUCCAUGUAGGAAAAGAACAAGGAUGACUUAGCCUCGAGUACGAAGUAUAUGAUGCUCAAUAUGCGGCCCUCAACGAAGACAGUGUAGAUGUUGAGUUGUUGAUGCGCUUCGUAGCCGGAGACUGCGAUGACCCAUCCAUAGGCUCGAUAUCGUUGUUACUUUUAUCAAUAUAGUCGUCGCUUCCGGCAACGGAAGUUAUGAACCA